AUGAUCGACUCAAGAUUAUGCGAAGAAUUCGAGAAGAUGGAUGCUCCACAGCUCCGAAAUCUUCUCAAGCUGGUCUGCGACAACAAAGGCUUUACUUUGAAGCACCGUCAUGGAAAGCUUUUUAUCAAGCCAGAAAAGGUAUUCUUCUGGGUCGAUGGCUUUCACGACGGUAAGCCUAGACUUAUUGACUUUGGGGACUGCGAUAACUACAAGGAAGGAGAAAAGGAUGUUGGAAUCGAAUUUGUCGACGCGCCGAUCAAGUCCAAGUACGAAAUUCAUGAAUUGGUCAAAGCCAACCAGAGAAAACAUCCGGGCAAAAGCCCCACGAUGUUUAAAUGCGAGAACUGUCAUAAUUACUUCUGUAUCAACAACAACCCGUCCAAUGACUGCCUAUGGCAUCCAGGCCAAAGAACAACGGAUCUUGACGAUGUCAUAUGGGAAGAUCAUGAUCCGAAUAAAGACGGAGCAAUUGAAUCUCUUGUUGAUCAUCCGGACUUCGAGGAUCGUUAG